AUGUCCGCCGAGGAGGGCACGUGCUACCGGUGGUGCUGCGAUUUCGUCGUCGCGCACGGCGUCUUCGCCAGCGGGUUCGUCACCGCGCCGGUGGCCGUCGUUCACCUCGUCAACCACCCGCACUCGAGCGCCGCGGCGUUCUUCGCCAUAUUCGCCUCCUUCUGCACCACCAUCAGCCUCAUCCUCUGCUGCAGCUUCUACGCCGAGCUCAAGCGCCCGCCCUGGCCGCGCUGGCUCUCGGCAGCACCGGCGUCUGGAGGCCAGCAGCAGGAGGACGGCGGCGGCCAAGAAUCGACGCGGGAGGGGUCGGUGCCGCACGACCUCCGGCACCCUGACCAGCCUGUGAUGGCCCGCGGGGAGAUGCAGGCCGCCCUCGCCGCGGAGCGCAUCCCGAGCUACGAGCACCGAGACGGCGCCGCCGACUGCACGGUGUGCCUCGGCGAGGUGGAGAAGGGGGAGACGGUGCGGCGGCUGCCAGCGUGCCAACACGUGUUCCACAGGGAGUGCAUCGACAUGUGGCUGCACGCGCACGCCACAUGCCCCGUUUGCCGCUCCAGCGCGCUGCCGGCGCCGGAACGACCGGUGGACGUCGUGGUGAACAUUGGAAUUGUCGAUAGGCAGUCCAGCCCGAUGAUCCCUGCCCCGCCUGGCAUUGUCUUCCCAGGUCGGCCAGGUCCGGCCUGUGGUUCGGGCUGGGCUCACGCCUAA